AUGGCUUCCGAAGCAUCUCGUCCAGUGUCACCGACACCCUCACUACUACCGCCUGUCCCCGGCUCGCCGGUCUAUUCUCUUGCAUCGACUGCGAAUCCCUUAUCCCAGUUCAAUCUACCGCUACCGCCACCUCCUCGAUCAUCACAUGCUGUCCUAACAAAAGCCGACCUCGAACUCUCCCAGCAAGCUUACUCGGAUUUGGUGUCCUCCGCAAAAGGAUACCGGCUUGCCCUCGCCGCGUUAUCAACCGCCGCCUCAACAUUCGGAUCGGCUCUAGAAGCAUGCGCCAGACUAAAAGAGGCCCGCGCCGAGCCUAUCGGACCUUCUGGAACGUCAAACAUGACGGCGAGCUUCACAACCAAGGGCUCAUGCACAGCAGAUAUGCUCAUGUCUGCCUCUGGAGUCCACCACCUUGUCGCAAACCAUCAACAGAUUCUCUCCGAGACAGUAUACCGAUCCUUUGAAGUGCCGCUUCUCCACGAUCUGGACAAAUGGCAAACCGUUAUUGACGACGAAGAGGAGACAUACAAACAGAAUAUCAAGGCGCAAAGCAGAGAGAUCAAAAGGCUAGAGAAGGAAGGAAUGAAGCUACACAAGCAGCGAAGACGAGAUGUAGGCCGGUUCAGAGCGCACUUGGUUGAAUUGACGACGAAAUUGGACGGCUUGACAACCUUACACGGCGAUCAUGCGCGUACAUUACUAAGAGAAAGCCAAGAGACGAGCGGAAGGAUUGUAGACGCAAGUUGCAGUCUUGUACGUGCAGAAGUGGACAUAUUUGAAAGUCUAGCAAGAAAAGGUUGGAGCGGAGGCGGUCUGGAUGACCUCCUUGAAAAGGGCCAAGACUUGUUCGCAACAGAGGAAGAUGGAGCAACUUUGGGCAGUGGCGGUAGCGGCGACACACCAAAGCUGUUUUCUAUCCUCCCUCCCAAAAGCAUACUCGCCGACACAGGAUCUGAGCAAUCGAGGAGCCACGCUAGAGGCGACAGUCUUCUCAUGGAUACCGAGCGAUAUCAAUCGUUAGCAGCGCUGGCUUCAGAUUCGAGACCAAACGGUGGAGUUAUGAACGACAACGAUAGUGUCUUUUCAGCAGACUUCAACAAGCCCCGUAACGCAAGGCCGUUCUCACCACAGCCCAUCCGUCGAAUUCCGACAGAUGUGACCUUCGAUUCGUUAGGGGUUAGAACAGAGGGGCCGAGAAAUGAUGAAGAGGAUUUGAACAUAUCUGAACUACUUAUGCCCGUUAUGGAGGCAGAUGCAGGAAUGGAAGAGACCCAGAAUGGAAAUGGUCAGCAUGAUUUGGGGGAUUGUGAAACCGGGGAUGGGCAAGAGGAGGAAACAAGAGGCCGGUCACCAUCACCAAGCUCGGCGAUACUGAGGGCGAAGUCACCAGAGCUUCUCGCAGACACGAGUUCUGCAGCUGCAUGGAGCGGCGAUGAAGCUAAAAGUCCAGGUUAA